AUGGCUUCAGUACAGAUCCCGCCCCCCGUGCAGCACCCGGGCGCGCCAAUGCCUACCGGGGCGACUAAACAACAGGCCGAAGAGGUCUUUCGGAAACUCAAACAAAUGAAAGAAUCGGGCGUCCCGCCAAACGAUCCCGAGUAUAUGAAGGCGUCGCAAUUCCUGCUCAACUUCCAACAGCAGCACCACAUGCGACGAAACCAGCAGCAGUACAUCCAGGCCCAGCAGCAGAUGCAGCAGAAUGCUCAGGCCGUCCAGAACGGCAACGCCAACGGAGUCAAUGGAAACGUCAAUGGUGUCCAGCGACCGCAGCAGGGCGUGCCUCAGACGACGCAGGCUGCUGCUCUGCCAACCGCCAUGGGAACGGCGGCUGCUGCAUCUAAUGCAUCUGCUACCACUACCCCGAAUACCCCUGCACAGCCGAAUUCGAGUACACCAAGCCACUUUACAACAAAGCAGCUUGGUCUACUUAGGCAACAGAUUCAUGCCUUCAAGCUUCUCGGCAAAAACGCAGGGAUUUCAGUUGCGCUACAGCAAGCUAUUUUCCAGCAGCGUCAGCAGCGCCAAGCAGCUGUCACGACUUCAGCCCAAACUGCCGCUGCAUCAAAGACUCCCCAGCCUGGCUCGGAUGCUACAAAGCCCACACCAAACGGUGUUGAUGCUGCCGCCGCCCAAGAUGACGCCCUCUCUCUCCCUAAACCCCAUACAUACAAGACUGUCAAGUCACCAUAUGGCAGCAGUAUGAUUCGGCCCUCUAUCAAAUAUUUCGACCAUGCGCAGCGGAAGAAUCGCUGGUUUAUUCCUGGCGUCUUCCCGACCGGCAUUGACUUUGACCACCUGCGUUACGAGAGAGAAGUCGUCGUCUUCAACCGCAUGAGCCAGCGAUAUUCAGAGCUGAAGAAUCUGCCCGCCAACAUCGCCCAUUGGGAUACGACCAAGGAGAACGUCGAAGUUGACGACUCUGUAAAAGUCAAGGCCGUCAUUGAAAUGAAGAGCUUGGCUUUGUAUGCCAAGCAGCGAGCUCUCCGUGAGAAGAUUGCGCGUCAGAUGAUGCACUACGAUAAUCUGGCAAUGACGACCAACCGGACAAACUACCGUCGUAUGAAGAAGCAGAAUGUCCGGGAGGCUCGCAUUACAGAGAAGCUGGAGAAGCAGCAGCGUGAUGCUCGCGAGAAUCGCGAAAAGAAGAAGCACAACGACUUCCUCCGAGCCAUUUAUAACCACCGCGCCGAGAUCACCGAGACCGCGGCGGCUCAGAAGAACAAAUCACACAAGCUUAGUAGGCUCAUGUACUCUCACCAUUUCAACAUUGAGAAGGAAGAGCAGAAGCGUAUUGAGAGAACGGCCAAGCAGCGUCUGCAGGCUCUCAAGGCCAACGACGAAGAGGCGUAUCUCAAACUGCUUGACCAGGCCAAGGAUACCCGUAUUACGCAUCUGCUUAAGCAGACCGACGGUUUCUUGCACCAGCUUGCCUCUUCAGUCAAGGCUCAACAGCGCCAAGCUGCCGAGACAUAUGGCACAGACAUGGGCGAGUUUAUUGACGAAGAGAGUGAAAUCGACGAGGAAGAUAGCGGCAAGAAGAUUGACUACUACGCUGUGGCCCAUCGCAUCCGCGAAGAAGUCACCCAGCAGGCAAGCAUUCUUGUUGGAGGCUCGCUGAAGGAAUACCAAGUCAAGGGUCUGCAGUGGAUGAUUUCACUAUACAAUAACAACCUCAACGGUAUCCUUGCAGAUGAAAUGGGUCUCGGAAAGACGAUUCAGACCAUUAGUCUGAUCACCUACCUGAUUGAGCAGAAGCAGCAGAGCGGACCUUACUUGGUCAUUGUCCCUCUAAGUACCCUGACCAACUGGAACCUCGAAUUCGAAAAGUGGGCCCCGUCUGUAUCUCGCGUCGUUUACAAGGGCCCCCCCAAUACCCGUAAGCUACAGCAAGAGAAGAUUCGCCAGGGACGCUUCCAGGUACUGUUGACUACCUACGAGUACAUUAUCAAAGAUCGACCCAUUCUCAGCAAGAUUAAGUGGUUCCACAUGAUCAUCGACGAAGGUCACCGUAUGAAGAACACGCAAUCCAAGCUCAGCGCGACUAUCCAGCAGUACUACAACACCCGUUUCCGACUUAUUCUCACCGGUACCCCUCUUCAGAACAAUCUGUCUGAGCUGUGGGCCAUGCUCAACUUUGUCCUGCCAAACAUUUUCAAAUCAGUCAAGACCUUUGACGAGUGGUUCAACACCCCCUUUGCCAACACUGGUGGCCAGGACAAGAUGGAACUCACUGAAGAAGAGCAGAUUCUCGUCAUUCGACGUCUGCACAAGGUUUUGCGGCCUUUCCUCCUGCGUCGUUUGAAGAAGGAUGUCGAGAAAGACUUGCCCGACAAGACGGAAAAGGUCAUCAAGUGCAAGUUUUCUGCGCUGCAGUCCAAGCUCUACAAGCAAAUGGUUACCCACAACAAGCUGGUUGUCAGCGAUGGCAAGGGUGGCAAGACUGGUGCCCGUGGUCUGAGCAACAUGAUUAUGCAGCUGCGAAAGCUCUGCAACCAUCCGUUUGUCUUUGAUGUGGUCGAGAAUGUCAUGAAUCCCCUCAACAUCAGCAACGAUCUUCUUUGGAGAACGGCUGGUAAAUUCGAGUUGCUGGACCGAGUUCUGCCCAAAUACAAGGCAACUGGCCACAGAGUUUUGAUGUUCUUCCAAAUGACGGCCAUCAUGGAUAUUAUGGAAGACUACCUUCGUUACCGAAGCUACAAGUAUCUGCGUUUGGACGGUACGACAAAAUCGGAUGAGCGAUCCGAUCUCCUGAGAGACUUCAAUGCGCCCGGCUCAGAUUACUUUUUGUUCUUGCUGUCCACUCGUGCUGGUGGUUUGGGUCUCAACUUGCAGACGGCAGAUACUGUCAUUAUCUACGACUCUGAUUGGAAUCCUCACCAGGAUUUGCAGGCACAGGAUCGUGCCCAUCGUAUCGGUCAGAAGAACGAGGUGCGAAUUCUUCGUCUGAUUAGCUCUAAUUCCGUCGAGGAGAAGAUUUUGGAACGUGCUCGGUUCAAGCUAGAUAUGGACGGCAAAGUUAUCCAAGCAGGUCGUUUUGAUAACAAAUCCUCCGAGACAGAUCGUGACGCCAUGCUUCGAACUCUGCUGGAAACCGCCGAUAUGGCUGAGUCUGGCGAGCAGGAAGAGAUGGAAGACGAAGAGCUCAACAUGUUACUUGCCCGUAACGAUGACGAACUCGUCACCUUCCAGAAGCUUGACGAAGAGCGACAAAAAGAAUCCAUCUAUGGUGGUCCGAGAGGAAAACCACGACUCAUGGGCGAAGACGAAUUACCCGACAUCUAUCUCAACGAAGGCAACCCUAUUGAGGACGACGCUGAAGAGAUUAUUCUUGGUCGCGGUGCUCGUGAGCGAACCAAGGUGAAAUAUGACGAUGGCCUGACAGAAGAACAGUGGCUGAUGGCGGUGGACGACGACGAGGAUUCUCCAGAGGCGGCAGCAGCGCGUAAACAGGCACGCAAAGAUAAGAGAGAGGCCAAUAGGACCAAGAGAUUGGGAGGCCCGGACAACUCGCCUUCCGUAAGUCGCGCCAGCACGGAGGAAUUGGAGACACCCAAGAAGAGAGGUCGCAAACCCGGAAGCAAGAACGAGAAGCGGAAGGCAGAAGACGUGGACGAUGAGCCUCCUGCCAAGAAGCGACGUGGCCCUCAGGGCCGACCCAGCAAAUCUGCCGCCCAUAACGAUUCUCGGCUGGGAUCUCAGCAACGAGAGGUGCUUCAAAAGAGUUUGCGAGCAUUGUACGAUAGCCUGAUGAACUUGGAAGUGGAUGAUAUUGAACCGCCUGCCGAGGACGACGAAUCCGACGCCGGUAAGCGUCUCAUUAUCGGGCCGUUUGUCAAGCUGCCCCCGAAACGCGAGUAUGCCGACUACUAUGUGAUUAUCCAAAACCCUAUUUGCAUGAAUCAUAUACAGACGCGUAUCAAGAAGGAAGAGUAUAAUAGCUUGAGCGAUCUUCGCAAAGACUUUGACUUGCUGAUACGCAACUGUCAAACGUACAACGAAGACGGAAGUAUCCUGUAUCAGGAUGCGAAAACGAUGGAUGUAAGUUGCAAAAAAAAAAUAAAAAAAUAA